GGGGGAGAGGUGGGAGGGGGAUCUCGGUGCCAGCGCGCGCAGCUUUGGGUUCCAGCGGCGGCGGAGGCUUUAUCUUCCCAACCCCGAGCCAGCUCUGCGGCGCCCAUGGAGCUGGAGGACGUGGCCCGGGCGGCGGCCCCGGGGCCCCCCCGGCCUGGCCUGGUGCCCAUCAGCAUCAUCGGGGCUGAGGACGAGGACUUUGAGAAUGAACUAGAGACGAACACAGAGGAGCACAACAGCCAGUUCCAGAGCCUGGAGCAGGUGAAGCAGCGCCCGGCCCACCUGAUGGCGCUCCUGCAGCACGUGGCCCUGCAGUUCGAGCCGGGACCCCUGCUCUGCUGCCUGCACGCCGACAUGCUGGGCGCCCUGGGACCCAAAGAGGCCAAGAAGGCCUUCCUGGACUUCUGCCACAGCUUCCUGGACAAGACUGCGGCCCUACGGGUACAGGUCCCUCCCCACGUGGCUUUUGAACUUGACCGCACGCGGCCUGAUCUCCUCUCCGAAGAUGUCCAACGGCGGUUCGUGCAGGAGGUGGUGCAGAGCCAGCAGGCAGCAGUGAGCCGGCAGCUGGAGGACUUCCGCUCCAAGCGGCUCAUGGGCAUGACGCCGUGGGAACAGGAGCUGGGCCAGCUGGAGGCCUGGGUGGGGCGGGACCGCACCAACUACGUGGCCCGGGAGCGGCACGUGGCUGAGCGGCUGCUGGCCCACCUGGAGGAGAUGCAGCACACCAUCUCCAUGGAUGAGGAGCGCAGCACUGCUGUGGUGGGCGCCAUCAGCCUGUACAUGCGCCACCUUGGGGUGAGAACCAAGAGCGGGGACAAGAAGUCGGGGAGGAACUUCUUCCGGAAAAAGAUGAUGGGGAACCGGAGGUCCGAUGAGCCCCCCAAGACCAAGAAAGGGCUGAGCAGCAUCCUGGACGCUGCCCGUUGGAACCGGGGUGAACCCCAGGCCCCAGACUUGCGACAUUCCAAAGGCGAGGUGGACGGUAAUACAGGGGAGAAGCCAGGCCCCAUGGAUCGGAAGGGAGGCCUAGGGGUGCCCUCUCGGGACCGCAGUGCUGGGACUUCCAACCAGGACACCCUUGGAGUCCCUCUGCACCCCAUCUCUGGGGACAGCCCGGACCGCGAGCCAGGUGUCGACAGCCCCCAAGAUGUGAGCGACCUUCCCCAGCAGGGCCUAGCACUGGAGCCCCUAGCACCCCUGGACAGCACGGAAGAGGGUGCUGACACGGAGAGGCUGUCGGGGCGUCUGGGGCGCUCAGAGAGCCUGCGGGUGAGUGACCGCCGCCGGCCUUCCCGGGGCAGCCUCGGGGCUAAGGGCCGGGGUGGGGGCCGUUCCCGGAGCGACGUGGACAUGGACCCCAGCUCUGCCGCGGCCGUGCUAGGCCCUGCCCGACGAGCCACCCCUGAGCCUGGCGAAGAAGGCGAGCCGGGACGGUCAGGACUGGAGCUGGAACCGGAAGAGCCCCCUGGCUGGCGCGAGCUUGUGCCCCCGGACACCCUGCACAGCCUGCCCAAGAGCCAGGUGAAGCGGCAGGAGGUCAUCAGUGAGCUGCUGGUGACCGAGGCGGCACACGUGCGCAUGCUGCGGGUGCUCCAUGACCUCUUCUACCAGCCCAUGGCCGAGGGGGGCUUCUUCCCGCUGGAGGAGCUGCAGAACAUCUUCCCCAGCCUGGACGAGCUCAUCGAUGUGCACUCUCUGUUCCUGGAUCGUCUUAUGAAGCGGAGGCAAGAGAGUGGCUACCUCAUUGAGGAGAUCGGAGAUGUGUUGCUAGCCCGGUUCGAUGGUACGGAGGGCUCCUGGUUCCAGAAGAUCUCCUCCCGCUUCUGCAGCCGCCAGUCAUUUGCCUUAGAGCAACUCAAAGCCAAACAGCGCAAGGAGCCUCGCUUUUGUGCCUUUGUGCAGGAAGCCGAAAGCCAACCGCGGUGCCGGCGCCUGCAGCUGAAGGACAUGAUCCCCACCGAGAUGCAACGGCUGACCAAGUAUCCCCUGCUGCUGCAGAGCAUCGGGCAGAACACAGAAGAACCCGCUGAACGGGAGAAGGUGGAGAAAGCGGCUGAGUGCUGCCGCGAGAUUCUCCACCAUGUCAACCAAGCCGUGCGCGAAAUGGAGGACCUGCUGCGACUCAAGGAUUACCAGCGGCGUUUGGAUUUGUCCCACCUGAGGCAGAGCAGCGACCCCAUGCUGAGCGAGUUCAAGAACCUGGACAUCACCAAGAAGAGGCUGGUGCAUGAGGGGCCCCUGGUAUGGCGGGUGACAAAGGAUAAGGCCGUAGAGGUGCAUGUGCUGCUGCUGGACGACCUGCUGCUGCUGCUGCAGCGCCAGGAUGAGCGGCUGCUGCUCAAAUCUCACAGCCGGACGCUCACACCCACACCUGACGGCAAGACCAUGCUGCGGCCAGUGCUACGGCUCACCUCCGCCAUGACCCGCGAGGUGGCCACCGACCACAAAGCCUUCUACGUCAUUUUUACCUGGGACCAGGAGGCACAAAUAUAUGAGCUGGUGGCACAGACCGUAUCAGAACGGAAGAACUGGUGCACCCUCAUCACGGAGACCGCCGGCUGCCUGAAGGUCCCUGCCCCCGCUUCUCGUCCCAAGCCCCGACCUAGUCCAAGCAGCACCCGAGAGCCCCCGCUCAAUAGCUCCGAGAAUGGCAACAGUGGCGGAGAGAUCCCAGCCACAGAUGCAGCCAGGACUGAGAGACUCCUCAGCGACCUCCUGCCCUUCAGCCGACCCGGCCGUGAGGGCCAGCUCGCUGCCAUGGCCCUCCAGAAAGUGCAUUCCCUGAAGCAACUGCUGUGUCCCGUGGAGGAAGAGAGUGGAGCGGGGCCUCCCCAGGAAGAGGAUGGGGUUCCAGGAGGUGGCCCCCUGAGCCCAGCACAGAUGCAGGAUAUCCAAGAGAAGCUGCUUAGCCUGGAGGAGAGCAUCCGGCAGCUGGAGACUGUCCCCAGCAGGAAUUGGAGGAGGAGGUAUGCCGCCUGCGACCCCUCCUGUCUCAGCUUGGGGGGCACCAUGUCGCCCAACCUGGCUGCACAUGAGGAUCCUGCCCAGACAGGCCUUUCACAGAGAGGAAGUGGGGUGCGGACACCAAGGGCUACCCCAGCCUCGCAGCUGCCGCCUGCCGCAUCUCACACCUGGGUCUGAGCACACGGAGCAGCGCUGCCUCGGGGCCACCAUGUGUGGGACGGGCUGGCAGGGCCCCCCCACCCCCGUGCCCCCUGCCUUCUGCUUGGGGGACUCAGGGCUUCAUUCUGGGGUCAUCCACGACCCCCUUUCCCAGGUUGUCUCAGUAUUGCCUGUGGGGAGCACCCUUCCAUCCCCCACCCCCAAGUGCCUUUGCUCUGUUUUUAUACCCGGAAUUGGAGGUUUAUUUUUUAAUAUAUAUUAUCUAAGGAA